GAUGGAGGGGAGCGAGCAGAUCACCGUCGUUUAAACGGCGUGCGCGAACCCCGUGCGCCUCUCUCGCGCUCACCUGUCCCGGGACUCACACGCGUCAUAACGGGUGCUCGAGCGGCGCUCCUCGCGCUGCCUCCUCCCCGGGGGGGGAUAUGGAUUAACUCGGUGGUCUCCGGCUCGAGGAAGGUGCGGCUGGUUUUUUGUUUUUGUGGCGCUUGUCGAAGUUGCUCCACGUCGGUCGGCGGGAUUAGAGAGGAGACCGCGUCGACUCGAUUUUACCUCCAUGCAUUUGUAAAAGAAGAAGCCAUUUGUAUUGCCUGGUGUUAUUGGGAAUAGCACCAGCUACCCAGAGCUGCAGAGGAAACACUUCUUCUGGAGAAGAAGACACGUCCCGCUGGUCGUCUUCAGCAGAGUGAUGGACGGAGGGAGAGCAGAGCGCGACUGUGACCGGGCCCUUCAUGGAGGCCUGAUACCCGGGGCGGACAGCAGGUAAAUGGAGGUGCAGGACAGGAGCCGCUCCCCAUCCCGUAGAACCAGCCGGGUGGAGCAGGUUGUGGGACGAUGGCUGAGACGGUCCCGAGACCUGGGCAGCAGGUCUCACUCUCUGAACAGAGACCGGGUUGCAUUGGAUGGGAGGUCAGCAGAGUGCAGCGGCUUCGAUCAGAGGAACUACCCUUUCCGCUUCAUCGUCCAGAUCCAACGGGACCCGAACCUCAACUCUCAUGGCCUCACACUGUCCGCGCAGACCCCCAUCCUGGUGCAGGAGGUAAACCCAGGUGGGCCUGCAGAUGGUCGGCUCCUCCCCGGCGACCAGCUUGUGAAGAUCAAUAACAUCGCUGUCGAUGACCUGACCCCGGAGCAAGCCGCUGAAAUAAUCAGGGAGUGUCAAGAUUCAUUGACAAUGACGGUGCUGAGAACGAUGCUGGGCCCAAAGUCAUCAUUCAUCACACCAGAGAAGAGGGCCAAGCUACGGUCUAACCCGGUGAAAGUUCACUUUGCUGAGGAGGUUGAAGUCAAUGGACACUCUCAGGGCAACUCGCUGCUCUUCCUGCCGAAUGUUCUGAAGGUGUAUCUGGAGAACGGGCAGACCAAGGCCUUUAAAUUUGACCCCAGCACCACAGUCAAGGACAUUGUGAUGACUCUCAAGGAAAAGCUUUCUCUGAGCCGUAUUGAACACUUCUCCCUGGUGCUGGAGCAGCGGCACAGCAUUUCCAAACUACUGCUGCUACAUGAAGAGGAGCGGAUACAGCAGGUGGUCCAGAAGAAGGAGGCCCAUGACUUCAGAUGUCUUUUCCGUGUUUGUUUCAUGCCCAGAACCCUGCAGACGCUGCUACAGGAGGACCCAACAUCCUUUGAGUAUCUCUACCUGCAGGGAGUGAACGAUGUGCUGCAGGAGCGCUUUGCAAUAGAAAUGAGGUGUAACUCCGCCCUGCGACUCGCUGCGCUGCACAUUCAGGAGAGAUUGGCAAGCUGUGGACAGUCAACAAAGACCAACUUAAAGACAAUCACGAAGACGUGGGGCAUAGAGAACUUUGUGUCAUCCACCUUGUUGAGGAACAUGCGAGAGAAAGAUCUAAGGAAGGCCAUCGGCUACCACAUGAAGAAGAGCCAAUCUCUGAACGACCCCAAACAGAAGGGUCUGUCGGUGGAUCAGACCCGGGUAAACUACCUGGAGGAGCUGAGUGAGCUCAAGUCCUUUGGAGGGAAAUCUUUCAGUGCCACCAUGAUGCUUCAGGACAGGGAGUCGAUGGUGACCUUGUUGGUGGGGGCGCGCUACGGCGUGAGUCAGGUGGUCAACCACAAACUGAGCAUCCUGUCGACCCUCACAGAGUUCAGCAGCAUCACACGCAUCGAGCUGCUGCCUGAGUCCGACAAGGUCAGCCUGGUCAAAAUAUACCUGCAGGACAUCAAGCCCAUCACGUUGCUGUUGGAGUCAACGGCCGCCAAAGACAUGUCCUGCCUAAUCGGUGGUUAUUGUCGAGUGUUUGUCGACCCCAACCUCAACGUCUUUCCCUGGAUGCAUAACUCCAAGAAGCAUAGAGUGUCUGCUGAGGAAGGUUAUGUGUCACGAUGCGGCAGCGACUCAGACACCUCCUCAGACUUGGACAUGGAGGCGCUGGUCAACCUGGUGUCAUGUGACGAGAGGCCCGGCCAUCGCGUCAGAUCCUCGUCGGACCCGGAGGGAAGAAAACGAAAAGAUCGAAACAGAAGGAGAAACAAGGACGGCAAAGAAACGGGAGCUAAACCUUGGGAGGAUAAAAAGCAGAAGGAAGAGAAAGAUGCUGACACGGAAAAGGAGAGGUCUCCCCCGGAUAAGAAUAGAGCGAGAGAGAGCGAGGGCGCGGUGCACAAUGAGGAGACAGAAAGAGGGCAGGACGGUCCGCAAGCUCAGACGGAGAUAGCGGACAAUGACUCCGGGGAACUUGGGGGAGAAGAAGGACACAAAGGUGGAGACGAAGUGCGAGCAGCAGAGGAGCAGCCGUCUUUAUCGGAAGCGUCCGAUUCGUGGAACAACGACCCUCGUGUCAUCGCCAGCCCCUCCUGCGACUCCCUCGACGCUUUGGAGGAAGAUGACUUAAUUUCGUGUUCUUCCUCCUCCUUCCACUCCGGUGCUCCCUCACAGAUUCACAGCCACUCUCCCGUUCAGCUUCACCCCUACUCUCAAUGGCACGUUCAGCCCCACCUCCUCGCCCCUCCGCCGGCUCACGUCCAUCCUCUCGUCCACCUCAAAUCUCAGGAGAGGCAAGGAGGGGGCGGCAGGAGGUCGGGGGACGGAGCUGAUCCCCAGCUCCUGGCGGCGCCGUCCCCCUGUCUAAGCAUUCACCGCACCCAGAAAUGUUCAGGUGACCACUUCCCCGAAGACAGCUCCAUGUGUUUCGCGGAGCUCUCCCGCCUCGUGGACUUCUUGCCGAGCCCUCCGGAGGCCAGCGAGGAUGACGAAGAGGAGGAAGAGGUGCGAAGGAGGAGGAAGAGAAAGUCGGCAAGAAGAGCGGGUGAAAGAGGGAGCGUGGACACCGAGGCCAGUCUUAAAGAGCAGCCGACGUCCCCGUCCUCCAACAUUGAUUUUGUGUUUAACUUCGACCAAAGCGACUCUCGCUGCUACUACAAACUCUGCUCCAACAUCACCCCCGACAGUGCCCGCAGCCUCCCCCACCCUCUGAAUCAUCAGCAGGAAGAACACCGGGGGGAGGGGGAGGAAGAGUCGGUCAAGGCAGUCGACCUGGACCCCAUCCCCAUCCUUCAGCCGCCACCUGGCUUCGGUGACAGCAGCUCGGAUGAGGAGUUCUUUGACGCCAUAGACCGCUUCACCUCACCUGAAGACUCUACCUCGGGGGCCACGCCAAGAGAUAUUCGCACAGAGAUGAAACUGGACCUCCUCAGCACCCUCAGCCUCAGUGACAUCAGAGUCUCUGUGACAGAUGCAGACAAAGAUGGCAAAGAGGAAGAAGACAGAAAAGUAGGAGACGAGGAAGGAGGAGGCAGAGAAACGUUGUUUCAGCUCAGAAAAAGAUCCCGUAAGCGUCGUUCCUUCGUGGAAACUGAUUACACUUCUAGGGUGUCGUAUCCAGAGCCAGAUCCUGAAGUGAAGGAUAUUCUCUCUACUAGGCUUCAUAAGAACCUCAUGGAAGAAGAAAAUGAUGCACACGCUCUGAGUUCAGAUCCUGAACCUUCAGAGCAAACCCAGAAUCCCAGUCCUACAGUCUCUUCUUUGACCCACUCUGAAGGGGAACCGGCUCAGCUUGAGUCAAAACCCAUCAUGUCUAAAUCCCAGUCGCGUAGACCUGGGUCUCCUUGUGGUUUAGGGUCUCCUGAGCAGACCAGAGAUCCACUGGCCACCUCCAGAACUAGGAAACAAGAAAUGGAGAUGGAACCUGACGCAAUGGAAUUCAAAUCAGUCACUGAUCUGGCGAAGGCAUCGUCUCCUACCAUCACCGUUGUCCGCUGCCGGGUGGACCCAGAUGGAAAGGAAAGUGCUGAUCGGAGGGGUGACGGAAAAGAGGGAGGGCGGGAACAAGAGGACGUGGUUGAGGGGAAAGAGAAGGGCGGCGAGGAACAGACAGUGGGUGUGUUGGGGAAAGGGACGUUCACUAAUCAUAUGUUUUUGCCAGAAAGCACUGAGGAGGAAAGGAAAGGGAAGGAAGAGAAGAAAGAGGGGCUGAGAGGGAACUCAUCCAAUUCAAAGAGACCAAUCAUCGGUGCAGAGAGGCAGCUAGAGGCCAAUACACCACCUUCGUGUUUGAUGGAUGCGACUAAAAAGAGGAGUAAUGGCCUUUUAGAACCCCAUCUCAUUGCCCAUGAGCAAAACUUGGAUGAAGAGGGACAAACGCUUGAAGGUGUGCAUGAAAAGUUUAACCCUCCAUCAUACUCACCACAACCCCCUCCACCCUCAUCCCCUCUUCCUACUAUGCCAGUGCUUCACAAAUCUCAAAGUGACUGUUAUUUGAGGGGAGAAGUCAGUGGCGAAAACUUGGGAAUGAAAAUGUCUUCAUCUUAUCCCGAAGAGAUCCCAGAAAGACACAGUGACAAAGCACAAUUAUAUUUAGACAUCCGCGCCAGUAUUAUUGAGGAUGAUGCCAACGGUGUUGCUAGCUCUACUAGGACUGUUGGCGAUGAAGUUACAGACAGCACCAAUUCAGACAAUGUUUUUUCUGAUGACGACAUGAGUAAUUCCUUAAUUUCUAGUUCAAGUGACAAGAAGGAUGAGUGGGCUACAGCUGGUAGGCGAAGCAUCAGCUCGGCUACAAGAAGUGACGAUGAUUCUCAAAUGGGUAAGAAUUCUCCAACUAACAGUGAAGCUCCUACAAUUAUUAGUUCAGUAAAUUCUGACUAUUCGCGAGCUAUAAACUCCAUCACUGCAAAGCUCGGAGUUGCAACAAGUGCAAAAUCUUCUACAUUUAUUUCAGGUACCAGAUUGCGAUGUGACGUUACACAUGAAAUUGCUUCGGGUUUGACUGAAAAUGAGGACAAAAUCUUAAGUGAUUCCACUAUGCAAAGUGCUCCAGGCAAAAAAAGCUUGGCUAGUCCUAGCUUAGCGAAGGCUAAUGCCGUCACAUUACACAAUCUUUCCAAGAUGCCUCCUUCUCCAACUCACUUCCUCUUCCAGACCUGUUCCCCUGGCAUUAUGGGUAGCUUAUCUUCCUCCACACUCAGGGGGAAGAUUCAGAAUUUACCCCUUUACUUAUCACGCUCACAGGAAACCCUCAACCAAGCUGGGAUGGGCAAUGUACGUCACAGUUCAGCUGAGGACAACAGUAAGGACAAAGUCAAGACCAAAGUCACCAUCAAAGUUACAGACGUUGAUGACGUCACACAAACUAUAGGCUUUGAAGAGGGCACAGCUUCAGAAUCAGCCGAGUCAGACGAUUCAGAUACAACAGUUACGGGAUCUGAGGUAGAUGGGGAGUUUUUUGUGGAAAUAAACUCUGCAAAGAGUUUUCAGGCACUGUCAGAGGUAAAGGAAUUAUGCCCUCCAUUGCCGGUCCAGACCGAUCCCAAACCCCAACCCCAACACCGACAUCCGCCUCUCAACACCGGACCUAUCAAGGAUUCACCAGGACCAAUAACAGAGCCUCCAGCCACCACAGUGAACGGCCUCCAAAGAGACCCUUCAGGCCUAAAGAUGGACACACCUGGCCCCAUAAAAGAAGCCCCAGAAUCAAAGAUGACUGUCACAAGUCCAGGUGAAGACAUUCCAGGUCAUAUAAUUACCACUCAAUCACGUGCUAUCGCCCAUCCGAUAGUGGUGACCACACAGAAUCUAAAUGGACCAGGACCCCCUUUUCAUAGUCAAGCACAGAAAGUAAGACGGACCAGUACCGACAGACCGUUGAUAGCUCUUUGUAGGCCCACAGGGAAAAAUGUAAUCUCCCCAAAAUCACUUUCUUCAGGCUGCAGGGUGUUUACUAUCUGUGAGGAUUCAUCCCAGACAAAGAGCCCAGCCAUGGCGGCUACUACCCCACCCUUGAAACAUGAUUUUAGCUGUACUUCUGUGCUGGCGUCUGGAUGUGAGUCAGUAGUGGAAGAGGUGCAGGUGCCUCUGGAGGCUUGUGGUUGUCCGACGGUCUAUACCAACUGCUUCGGCAGCGGGGACAGCUUUGACGAGGAGCUGACAGUCUACGAGUUCUCCUGCCGCGCACAGAGCAGCGCCGUGGCUCAAACUUCUUCUGCAGCAGUUCUUCCUCUCGUAAACUCUCCGCCCAUUUCCUCUUUCCUCUCCACCUCCCCCUCCCUCUCUCCCUCCUUCCCACGCUCCAACCUUUUCUCCUCCUCUGCCUCUGAGCUCAGCCCUCUACUCUCGCCGUUAUCUGACCCAUCCGACCGUUUACUGCCCCAAACGCACAAGGACAACAUUGGUCGGCUCGGCCAGCAGCGCUACCCGGAACCCCCGAAAGGUUUCCAGGUACUCCGCAUAGACGUAGACCAGCUCCUUUCUAUUCUGGAGAGCGGUGCGGACAGAUCCGUAGCAGGCCCCGGAUGUCGCCACCCAAGGGACUCCUGCCCUGCCCACUUUACCGAGAACAAGAGGGUGCUCCAGCUGGAGGCACGGCGGUUGAUGUCGGGCUGCCAGAAGGUGGUGGGAAUUGGCCAGAGUCCCGAGGAAAUGCUCCAUUCCCUGGCGGACAGCUUCCGGACCCUGGUGGAGUUGGCGGGUAUAUGCCUCUGGUUCUCUGGUUGCGAAAGGUGUGACCGAAGGAACGCAGAGGCCGUGGCCGGUCUGGCGGAUGUGGCCCGUUCAUUCAGGGACUUCUGCCUGGCAGCAGAGCGGGCCAGCAGCAAGCGCAGCUGCCAGGACCUGAGCUCCAAGCUGCUAGCGAAGCAGUGCACCGCGCUCACCGCCUCCGUCUUCUGCCUCACCCAGCUGUUCCGCACCCUCACCGCGCUGUGAGCCGGCAGCAAUCUCUGAAAUCUUAUGACAGGACCACAGGCAGCCCGUGGUGUGGAAACUCUGCCACACGGGGUCACCAGUGAGCCCGGGGCAGAUGCAGGUGUGGGCGGCACUCGGGCCGGCCAUGUAUGGGACGGGCGGUGUGAGGGGAGGUUACCUCGGAAACACAGCGAUGUCACUGAGGAAUGGCAACAAGCUGCCUCAACGUCAUGGAGCCUGUUGGAGAUUGUCGAGGUGCAUGUGGUUACUGACUAUAUGCUGUGCACGCACCGCAGGGGUGCUGCUUGUUUCCCAGUAGUGAGGAACUGAUGUACUUGAAUGUAUUAUAGGUUAUUAAUUAGGUUUAUUUAUUCAUUUAUUUAUUGAAUUAUCGGUUACUACAGUGAGCAAAUAAGGAAUGUAAAGAGAAGAAAGAAUGAAAUGUGGAAAUGUUUACAGGCAUGUCUUUAGAUGGAGUAGUGGGCCUUUUACACACAUACACAAGCACACAACUUCAAACACAUAAAGAGAAUCUGUAUUUGAUUCUGUUCAUACACAUGCCUUUUGUGUGACUGAUUGACCGUGUUACGAUAAGAAACCCUUCAGUUUACUGAUGCUUAUAAAUCUUUACAUUCUCCGGGUGACAGGUGGGAGGGACUUCUCUGAAUGUUACUGUUUACAAGACCAAAAAUCUAGAGUGAAAAGUGAUCCCACAAAUCAAGCCUGAAACUGUGUUUGCCAUUUUAUAAAUCUAAUAGCAGAAUGCUGAUGUAUGCGCAUUACGUAACUUCAUGAAAAAACUGUUUGGAUGAGAUGCAGUCCUUUGCACAUUUAAUUUGUUUUCAUUUUGUUCAGACUCAGUAUGGUUUAUUGACAUGUAAUACAUUUAUUUGUCAACACUCUUUCUCUACCCCCUGUGGAAACACCAAACUCUCCUGUGCAUGGUGGUGUGUCUGUCAACACCCAGUUUUUUCCAUACAAUUCAUCUUUAGUACCAACAUGUCCAUCGAGAACAGGAAUCUCCAGAAUUCGAUUGAUGACUUGGUCACACUUUCCGAUAGAUAUUUAGGGCACAUAACAUUGUUUAUGGGAAUUUUAGGUCCUAAGAUUUUGGCAACUGUCAGGAAAGACUUACACAACGUGCAUUAUUAUUACAGAUUUCCCGGUAUGUCCACAGAUAGGGUUAAACCAGUGAGUGAAGAGGAGCGGGAUAGAAGUGCAGUAUGCAGCACAUGCUGAAUUGAGUGAGGGGGUCUCAGAGAACAUCUAUAAAACUGACCUAAUCAUUGGAUGACAUUCAAGUUUGUCGAUCUCCCCACAUUUGCCACAGAACCAUGUACAAUACUGACUUACAUGAAGCUUAUUAUUGUGGAUAAGCAGACACAAUACAGCAUUUUUACUUGGAAUGUUUCUUUAAGUACAAAGGAUUGAUGCCCACCGGACCUGCAUGUUCACUGGAGAAAGUUAUCAGAACGAAUUUCACCACUACAGUGCUGGGAACACAAUCUGUUGCAAACAGUGUUUCUAUAUACAGUAUAUAUUUGUAAUGGCAAUUGAAAUUGAAUUGAAAUUAUUGUUAACUUGUCCUGUUUUGUUUCCCUGGGUUUGCAAAAGAACAUCUUUUCCUCUAUUGUAUUCCCUAUUUUAUGCAGUGAAGAAUUUCAUUACUUUUACUAUGAUCUCCAUGAGAAAAUUGCCCUAAACAACUGAUGGAAAACUUUUUAAAUAAUCUGUGCUCACAAAGCAUGCUUUAAUAAGCCAUAAACUGCAUUGUUGUUUCAUCAGGGAUUUUAUCUGUGAAUGACUGAAUGAUGUUGUCUGCUCUUGCUUUGUAAUGCUCAACUACCACCAUUAAAAACAAUGUCAAGAUUUUC